AUGGACAAUGAAGCCCAGAAGAGGAAAAAGAAGGAGUCAGGCAUGGCACUUUCUCUGGCACAGUUGAACUUCAAGGAUGUGUUCCUAGAUUUCACUCCUGAGGAGUGGGAAUGCCUGGACCCUGCCCAGAGGACCAUGUACAAGGAAAUGAUAGUGGAGACCCUCAGGAACCUGCUGUCUGUGGUCUUCAGGACUCAGAACUCAAUUCCUACUGGAGAGAAACCACAUAAAUGUAAUGUAUGUGGCAAGGCCUUUAAUCAAGCUGCAAAGCUUGAAGUUCAUCAGAGAUUCCAUUCUGGAGAGAAACCAUAUAAAUGUGAUAUAUGUGGCAGGGCCUUUAGUCAAACUGCAAACCUUGCAGUUUAUUGGAGAAUUCAUACUGGAGAGAAACCAUAUAAAUGUGAUGUAUGUGGCCAAUGUUUUACGAAAAACUCACAACUUGAAGUUCAUCAGAGAACUCAUACGGGAGAGAAACCAUAUAAAUGUGAUGUAUGUGGCAAGGCCUUUAAUCAGACUGUGAAACUUGGACUUCAUCAGAGAAUUCAUACUGGAGAGAAGCCAUACAAAUGCAAUGUAUGUGACAAGGCAUUUAGUCAUACUGCAAACCAUACUGUUCAUCGGAGACUUCAUACUGGAGAGAAACCAUAUAAAUGUGAUAUCUGUGGCAAGGCUUUCAGAGUAAGUUCAAACCUUGCUGUUCAUCAGAGUGUUCAUACUGGAGAGAAAUCAUAUAAAUGUGAUGUGUGUGGCAAGGCCUUUAAGCAGACUGCAAAACUUGGACUUCAUCGGAGAAUUCAUACUGGAGAGAAACCAUAUAAAUGUGAUGUGUGUGACAAGGCAUUUAGUCGUACUGGAAGCCUUACUGUUCAUUGGAGACUUCAUACUGGAGAGAAACCAUAUAAAUGUGAUGUGUGUGGCAAGGCCUUUAAUCAGACUGCAAAACUUGGACUUCAUCGGAGAAUUCAUACUGGAGAGAAACCAUAUAAAUGUGAUGUGUGUGACAAGGCAUUUAGUCAUACUGGAAACCUUACUGUCCAUUGGAGACUUCAUACUGGAGAGAAACCAUAUAAAUGUGAUAUCUGUGGCAAGGCUUUCAGAGUAAGCCUUUCAGUUCACCAGAGAAUUCAUAUUGGAGAGAAACCAUAUAAAUGUGAUGCAUGUAGCAAGGCCUUUAAUCAAACUACAAAACUUGAACUUCAUCAGAGAAUUCAUACUGGAGAGAAGCCAUACAAAUGCAAUGUAUGUGACAAGGCGUUUAGCCAUACUGCAAACCUUACUGUUCAUCAGAGACCUCAUACUGGGGAGAAACCAUAUAAAUGUGAUAUAUGUGGCAAGGCUUUCAGAGUAAGUUCAAACCUAGUUGUUCAUCAGAGUAUUCAUACUGGAGAGAAACCAUAUAAAUGUGAUGUAUGUGGCAAGGCCUUUAAUCAGACUGCGAAACUUGGACUUCAUCAGAGAAUUCAUACUGGAGAGAAACCAUAUAAAUGUGAUGUGUGUGGCAAGGCAUUUAGUCGUACUGGAAGCCUUGCUGUUCAUCAGAGAGUUCAUACUGGAGAGAAACCAUAUAAAUGAGGUAUAUGUGGCAGGGCUUUCAGUGUGAAUGCAAACCUUGUAGUUCAUCAGAGAAUUCAUACUGGAGAGAAACUUACAAAUAUAAAAAUUGUGACAAACCAUUUAGGCACAGUCAUCCAUAACUCAUCAUUAGGCAGUUCAGACAGGAGAGAAACCAUAUAAAUAUGAUGUAUAUGGCCGGUGCUUUACUUGAAAUGAUGAAUUUAGAAACCAUCGGAUAAUUCAUACU